UCAAAACACUCGACUUUACGGUUUCAAAACCGGAUGCUGCAGGAAGGUAGAAAAACAACAUAAAAAACGCGCAUAUCCGAGGUUUUGCGUGUUUUUUUUUUAGACCGCAACACGGGAAUGGACACAGUCAAGUAAUCCGUGUUUUCAAAACUGAUGGCUGGCUAUGGAAUCAGAACUGUUGAUUGGCUGGCAGGAGGAGAGGGCGGAGCUGAGGGCGGAGUUAUCACGUCUGCAGGAUGAGUUGGCAGUGAGCAGAGCGGAGAGGGAGGAGCUUGAGUCUCGAGCUCAAGCUUUGACUGACAGGCUGUCUCAGACGCUGGACCCUUCUCUGUCAUUAUCAGUGCGUCUGGACGAUGAGCAGCGAGAAUGGCGGAGGAAGCUCAGAGAGGGCAGAGAGAGAGAAGCCAGACAGGCUCUGCUCAUUCAUAAACUUCAGAACAAGGUGUUGGAGUACAGGGCUCGCUGUCAGACUCUGGAGCAGCAGACGAUUAGUGAGGAGCGAGAGCUGAGGAUCAGAGAGAGGAUGCUGCGGGAUGAACGCAGUGACACACUGGAGAGCACCCUCAUCAGGCUGGAGGAGGAACAGCAGAGAUGUUUAGGGCUCUCAGAGGUCAGCACUAUUCUGCGAAGUCAGCUCAGCCAAUCAACAGAGGCUAAUGAAGCCCUGCGGGACGACCUACGAAAGCUAACAGCCGAUUGGUCCAAAGCGGUGGAGGAGGUGGUGCAGAAGGAAAUCGAUUGGCAAAAAGAGAAAGAGGCUUUAACAGGCUACAUAGGGAAGGAGCAGACCAGGUUGAUGACUUUGUGGGGACGUGUAGUCACUCUCAAACGCCAGUGUCACUCUCUGAAGACGGCUACUGACAAAGACCUGUGGGAGCUGAGAGCUGAGUUCUCUCGUCUCUCCUCAUCUCUCCUCUCUUCUCCUCGACCAGUUCCCAUGAUGCCCCAUGACUCCUCUGUAGGCCACUCCACUACAGCGCAACUGCUCUCCUCCUCCCAGGGGCCGCUGUCUCUUGACGAUCUCAGUCAUGAACAAACUGGCGAGAGGAAGUCGACUGAAUUAAAAGCUGACAUUGAGUCAGAGACCCUGGAACUCAGGAACAGAAUCACAGAGCUGAAUAUGACAAUACAAACUCUUGAAUCUGAACGGGAGAAGCAGGAGGCAGAGAUGGAGAGGAGACACAGGCAGGAGAUGGAGAGAGAAAAAGAUCAAGAAAGGAAGUGGGAGAGACAGAUAGAAAUGGAGAGAAACUUCGAGUCUGUCAGACAUGCUGUCACGACACUGUCAAGAGUUCUCAGCUCUCAGCAGAUUAGCGGACAGUCGAGCUCUCUGUCUUCAGACGAUGUGUCCAGUGAAGGAUUGUCCUCUGUCCUCUCUGUCAUCGCUCAAGCGGAGACUGCCCUGCAGUUGAGACAACAAGAAGUACAGGAUGCUCAGAUGAGCCUGCGUAGACUUGGAACAGAGAAAGAAUCACUGGAGCAGAGAAUCGUGCAGUUGGAGAGUGAGAGAGCAGAGUUUCAGGAACAGACAGAUCAGGGAGCACUGCAGAUAAAACACACACAAGAACUACUGAACAGAGAUACUCUUCUGCAUACCUCGUUUGCACGGGAGUCAUUACUGGCCCUGUCCUCCAGUCAAACCCAGCUCAAGAGGGAGCUGGCAGAAGGUCGAGAUGCCCUGGAGAAGAUGGCUACUUUAAAUGAAGCUCUGGCCAAGGACAAGAGAGAACUCAGUGUUCGUGCUCUGCAGCUGGAGACGGAGGUGGCAGAAGCCCAGGCCCAGAUCCAGGCAUGUGGAGCAGAGAUGGCAGGUCUGCGCAGAGAAGUGAAGACCUCGUCUCUAGAGGCCAACGAAUUAAGGGAACGAAGAGAGACGGAUCUGAAAACUCUGCAGCAGCUCCGAGACCGGGAGAGAGAGCUGGAGAAUGAGCUGGAGACUGAGAGGGAGGACAGAGAGAGGGAGGUGACUGCUCUCACAGAAGAGAAGAAUAAUAAUGAACUAAGGAUUGCAGAGUUAACUGAGCAGUGCAGCACGAUGAUGAAGGAGUUGCAGAGUGUCCAGGCAGAACUGCUCAAAGCAGCAGAGCAGCAGAGAAGAGCUGAACGAGAGAGAGACGACCUAAUCAGAGAGAGCCAGAGACUAGAGGACACAGUGUGUUCACUGGAGAGAGAGAAGGAGGAACUCGCACAGGUCAAAGAGGAACUCAGAGGUGUGGUAGCAUGCCUCCAAAAGCAGAUUGCUCAGGUUCAGGAACAGGCCUCAGGUCUGGAGAUGCAGUGCAGUAAUCUGCAAACACAGGUGGAAACGCUGACACAGACCAAAGAUGUCUUGCAAGGAGAGAUUCAGUGUCUACAGACAGACUUGGAGAGAGAGACAGCACAAAGAGAACGGGAAAGAAAAGAAUCAACGGAGGAAAGAAGGAAGAGUAAAAGAGAGAUAGAAAACUGGCAGUCGGAAUGCAAGAGGAUUCAGAGAGAUGUUGAACAAGAAUCACAGAAAAACAAAGUACAAGCAGAAGAGAGCAAAAUAGAGAGAGAAAGAUGGCAAAAAGAGAGAGAAGCUCUGAAUGCAGAACUCGGCCAGAAAGAUGGAGAAGUGGAGAUACUGAGGAACAAGAUUGAUGGUUUGUUAAAAGAAAAAGAAGAGCUUUCAGGCAUCUUAGACAAAAGAAACACAGAACUUGAGAAACUACAAACGAAAUCAGCAGCAGAGCAGAAAACAGCCGAACUAAGACUGAGAGAAGCGUGUGAUGAGAUUGAGAGAUGGAAGGAGAGAGAAAAUGAGGUUCAGAGAGAGAAAGAAGAGUUAAAUCAGAAGUUUAUAGAAAGUGUGGAAAGAGAAAGUCAAAACCUCAAGAUCACAGAGAGAGAGAAGUCAAAGAUGUCUGAUCUGCUGAAAAAGAAGGAGGAUGAAAUACGAAAGAGAGGAGAGGAUAUCGAUGAGUUAAAAUCGAAAGUCCAAUCACAUGAGAGAACAAUUGAGAGUCUGGAAAUAGAGUUACAAGAGAAAGAGACCUUGGAGAGUAGAUUAGAAGCCCUGGAGAAACACAACACUCAACUGAAAGAGAGAGAGAUGGAGAAAAUAAGAGAAAAUGAAACCAAACAAAACAAAAGAGAAGAGCAAGAGCGGGAGAAAGAUAUGCGGUGGAGAAGACAGUUAGAACAGAAAGAUGGAGACUUGAUAGAGCUCAAAAGCAGAAUUGAUGAACUGAUGAGAGAGAAAGAACAUAUCUCAUUACUCGUGGAAGAAAGAGAUAAAGAUGUUGAACAAUUACAAACUAUGUUGUCCACAGAAAAGAGAACUCUUGAACUGCGACUGAAAGAGGUGAAAGACAAUGUGGAGUGGUGGAAGAGACGAGCUGACAACAUAGAAAAAGUGAAGGAGAGCGUAAACCGGGUUGCUGAAAGAGAGAGGACAGAACUAAGAGAGCUUCUUAGAGAAAGCGAGGAAGAGAUACAAAAGAGAGAAGAGGACAUUGGUGAUCUCAAAGGUAGAAUUCAGUCAUUAGAGGUAAUCAUAGAGAAACUAGAGGCUGAUGUUGAGCAGAAGGACGAACAACUUAAACUUCUAAAGGAGCAAAACUCAAAGAUGAAAGAGAAGGAGAUGGAGAAACAAAAAGAGGUGGACAGAAAGCAACUGGAGCUUAAGGAACAGGAGAAACAACUGAAUAGAGAAUUAGAAGAUCUCAAUACCAAAAUGGAGGCAGUCAUUCGAGAAAAAGAGGAGACACUAGAAAGGGUGGAUGAGAGAGAUAGUGAGCUAAAAGAAUUGCUCACACAAGAACAGAAGAUGUCUGAACAGAAGCUCAAAGCAGAGCACGAAGAGGUAAACAGGUGCAAAGCCAAGUUAGCCGAAAUGGAACGUGACCGGAUGAACUCAGAAGAAGAGAGAAGGAAAAGACAGGAGAUUGAGGAAAGAGAUAGGGAGCAGAUACUGAGAGGAGAGCUCCUUCAGAAGGAGACAGAGUUGAGGCAGUUGAGACUGAAGAUUGAUGAACUGAACCAGGAGAAUGAGGAGGGCAGGAAGAUGAGAAUGGAGCAACAAGAAGACCUUGAAUGCCAAACUGGCCUCCUACGAGAUGCUGAGGUGGAGGCACAGGCACUGAAGAAGAGUUUACAACAAAAAGAAAAAGGGCUGAGAGAAAAGCUGCAUGAAGCCGAGCAGAGGAAUCUUGAAGUUUCAAGCAGUCUACGAGAGUCUGAAACGGCACUGGAGAAGGAAAAACAUCAACAGCGAGAGAAAGAGGAGACACUUAUGGACUGUAAUCAGGAGCUACUAUUAGUCAGGCGUGAGCGAGAUCAAGAGAGGGAGACUGUUGAAAAUCUGAAGAAACUUAUAGGCGAACAGGGCAAAGAGGUGAAGUCGCUGAAAGAAAAACUGGAUGAACGGUUAGGAGUGGGAAUUUUGUCACAACUGCUGCAGGAGAGCCGAGGGGAAGCACAAGUGCUUGAAUCCAGGGUAGAGAACAGUGAAGAGGAGAAACAAAGAUUGAAGAGGUCUUUGAGUCAGACUGAAGAUGAGAGGAGGCGUCUGGAGACCCAACUGAGAGAUGAAAAAACAGAAGGGGAAAGGCUGAGAGCCAGGCUUGAAGAUCUGCAAAAAGGUCAGCAUUUCCUGAUGGAGGAGAAGACGGGACGCAUGGAAAAGCUUGGGGCCCGAGUACAAGAGCUGGAGGAGGAGAGAGACCAUCUCUCAGCAGAGCUUCGCAGGAAAGAGCGAGAGAUUGAGGCUCUGAGAGAUGAAACGCUUCGAGAGAGGCGAGAGAACCAUAUUUGUACCAAUCCCCUAUUAGUUUCUAACCUGCUGCUGUCUCUCUUCAGAGGUGUGGUAGCAUGCCUCCAAAAGCAGAUUGCUCAGGUUCAGGAACAGGCCUCAGGUCUGGAGAUGCAGUGCAGUAAUCUGCAAACACAGGUGGAAACGCUGACACAGACCAAAGAUGUCUUGCAAGGAGAGAUUCAGUGUCUACAGACAGACUUGGAGAGAGAGACAGCACAAAGAGAACGGGAAAGAAAAGAAUCAACGGAGGAAAGAAGGAAGAGUAAAAGAGAGAUAGAAAACUGGCAGUCGGAAUGCAAGAGGAUUCAGAGAGAUGUUGAACAAGAAUCACAGAAAAACAAAGUACAAGCAGAAGAGAGCAAAAUAGAGAGAGAAAGAUGGCAAAAAGAGAGAGAAGCUCUGAAUGCAGAACUCGGCCAGAAAGAUGGAGAAGUGGAGAUACUGAGGAACAAGAUUGAUGGUUUGUUAAAAGAAAAAGAAGAGCUUUCAGGCAUCUUAGACAAAAGAAACACAGAACUUGAGAAACUACAAACGAAAUCAGCAGCAGAGCAGAAAACAGCCGAACUAAGACUGAGAGAAGCGUGUGAUGAGAUUGAGAGAUGGAAGGAGAGAGAAAAUGAGGUUCAGAGAGAGAAAGAAGAGUUAAAUCAGAAGUUUAUAGAAAGUGUGGAAAGAGAAAGUCAAAACCUCAAGAUCACAGAGAGAGAGAAGUCAAAGAUGUCUGAUCUGCUGAAAAAGAAGGAGGAUGAAAUACGAAAGAGAGGAGAGGAUAUCGAUGAGUUAAAAUCGAAAGUCCAAUCACAUGAGAGAACAAUUGAGAGUCUGGAAAUAGAGUUACAAGAGAAAGAGACCUUGGAGAGUAGAUUAGAAGCCCUGGAGAAACACAACACUCAACUGAAAGAGAGAGAGAUGGAGAAAAUAAGAGAAAAUGAAACCAAACAAAACAAAAGAGAAGAGCAAGAGCGGGAGAAAGAUAUGCGGUGGAGAAGACAGUUAGAACAGAAAGAUGGAGACUUGAUAGAGCUCAAAAGCAGAAUUGAUGAACUGAUGAGAGAGAAAGAACAUAUCUCAUUACUCGUGGAAGAAAGAGAUAAAGAUGUUGAACAAUUACAAACUAUGUUGUCCACAGAAAAGAGAACUCUUGAACUGCGACUGAAAGAGGUGAAAGACAAUGUGGAGUGGUGGAAGAGACGAGCUGACAACAUAGAAAAAGUGAAGGAGAGCGUAAACCGGGUUGCUGAAAGAGAGAGGACAGAACUAAGAGAGCUUCUUAGAGAAAGCGAGGAAGAGAUACAAAAGAGAGAAGAGGACAUUGGUGAUCUCAAAGGUAGAAUUCAGUCAUUAGAGGUAAUCAUAGAGAAACUAGAGGCUGAUGUUGAGCAGAAGGACGAACAACUUAAACUUCUAAAGGAGCAAAACUCAAAGAUGAAAGAGAAGGAGAUGGAGAAACAAAAAGAGGUGGACAGAAAGCAACUGGAGCUUAAGGAACAGGAGAAACAACUGAAUAGAGAAUUAGAAGAUCUCAAUACCAAAAUGGAGGCAGUCAUUCGAGAAAAAGAGGAGACACUAGAAAGGGUGGAUGAGAGAGAUAGUGAGCUAAAAGAAUUACAAGCAAAACUUACACAAGAACAGAAGAUGUUUGAACAGAAGCUCAAAACAGAACACGGAGAGGUGAACAGGUGCAAAGCCAAGUUAAUUGAGAUGGAACGAGACUGGAUGAACUCAGAAGAAAGGGAAGAAGAGAGAAGGAAAAGACAGGAGAUUGAGGAAAGAGAUAGGGAGCAGAUACUGAGAGGAGAGCUCCUUCAGAAGGAGACAGAGUUGAGGCAGUUGAGACUGAAGAUUGAUGAACUGAACCAGGAGAAUGAGGAGGGCAGAAAGAUAAGAUUGGAGCAACAAGAAGACCUUGAACGCCAAACUGGCCUCCUUCAAGACACAGAGGAGGAGGCACAGGCACUGAAGAAGAGUUUACAACAAAAAGAAAAAGAGGAAAGGGAUAGAGUCCACCGUGAGGAAGAAGCAAUGAAAAGGCUGAGAGAAAAGCUGCACGAAGCCGAGCAGAGGAAUCUUGAUGUUUCAAGCAGUCUACGGGAGACUGAAACUGCACUGGAGAAGGAAAAGCGUCAACAUCGAGAGAAAGAGGAGACACUUAUGGACUGUAAUCAAGAGCUACUAUUGGUCAGGCGUGAGCGAGAUCAAGAGAGGGAGACUGUUGAAGAUAUGAAGAAACUUAUAGGCGAACAGGGCAAAGAGGUGAAGUCGCUGAAGGGAAAACUGGAUGAACGGUUAGGAGAGUUGGGAAGGUUGUCACAACUGCUGCAGGAGAGCCGAGGGGAAGCACAAGUGCUUGAAUCCAGGGUAGAGAACAGUGAAGAGGAGAAACAAAGAUUGAAGAGGUCUUUGAGUCAGACUGAAGAUGAGAGGAGGCGUCUGGAGACCCAACUGAGAGAUGAAAAGACGGUAGGGGAAAGGCUGAGAGCCAGGCUUGAGGAUCUGCAAAAAGGUCAGCAUUUCCUGAUGGAGGAGAAGACGGGACGCAUGGAAAAGCUUGGGGCCCGAGUACAAGAGCUGGAGGAGGAGAGAGACCAUCUCUCAGCAGAGCUUCGCAGGAAAGAGCGAGAGAUUGAGGCUCUGAGAGAUGAAACGCUUCGAGAGAGGCGAGACAAGGACAGGAUAAGCUCUUUGCUGAAUGAUGCAAAAGAAAGGAAAGAAGCACUAGCUGCCCAGGUGGAUACUUUACAAGAACAGUUGGUUAAUCUUUCAAGAACCAAAGAAGAAACCAGGUCAAAAAUCCAGGAACGAGAAGAGCAGAACCAGAAGAUGCGAGAGGGCCUGAUUGCAGGCCUUCAGGAGAUGGCGACUCUGAAGGAACUGCUAGAAGAGAGUCAUCGUGAGGGAGAGAGACUCCGGUCCAUGAUGCAGGAAAAGAAGGAUGAGUUGGUCCGAAGCAGAGAGGAAGGUGUUAGGGCAGCACAGAUUGAAGCCAAAGAUCUUCUACUCAAAGUCCAGAUGUUAGAGAAGCAAAAACAGGAGCUUAAGUCUGCCCUUCACCUCCAAGAGGAACAUCUUAGGAAGAAAAACGAGGAAGGUUUGCGAGAGAAGGAACAAAUGCAGCUACGACAUGAGAAGCUAGAAGAAGAAUUGGCGACCAUGAAGAGCGUAGCAGAGCAGAGAGAGGCUGAGCUGACCAGAGCGAAGGCUAGAAUGGACAUCCUGGAAGAUCAGAGGACUGAACUCAGCUCUUUGGCAGCAGAAAGGACCAGAGAAGCAGAGGAACUGAGCAACAGAUUCAGAGAGCUGAGACAGGAAGUGGACAGACUGAGAGAGGACAGAAGAAGAGAGAGUAAAGACUGGGAGGAACUCAAACGAGAAAAUAAAGAGAAACAAGGUGUGUUAGAGGGAUUGGAGCUCCUCAGAAAAACAAUGAGUGAAAAGGAAAAGGAGAUAGAAUCGAUGAAAGAGAAAUAUGAAAAUGAGAAAAGAAAAAGUGAGAAAUUUCAGCAAGCGGAGGAUCAAAACAUAAGACAACUAGAAUUAUUGUCAGAGAGACUCAAGGACAAAGAAACUGAGCUGGAGAGUAUACGAGAAAUGGCGUAUAAAGAACAGUCAGCAAAACUUAGAUUGCAAGAUGAAUUUGAAGAUGAGAAAAGAAAUACCAAGAUAUUGAGGGAAGAAAUAGAAACCUUAGAGAAAGAGAAACAAGAGCUUGAGACCAAAAUGGAAGAGGAUUUACGUAAUCUUAGAGAAUCUGAAAAGAAAAACAAUGGAAUGAAGAUGGAUAGUGGCCAUGGUACUCUAUCAGACUUCCUAAAAAUCAAUGCUGAAUAUCAGUCUCAUGACAAGUUGUUAGAGACAGACACACUUAGAAAGGACCUUACAAAAAAGGAACAGGAAAUCGAGAGGUUGAAGACCAAGGCUCAGACCCUACAGACUGAGAUCAACAGACUGCAAUCCACAAUAAGAAAUGAGAACAUAAAAACUGGACCACCAGACACUGGGGACUGGGGAAGGCUAAAGGAACAAAUGUCCACUGUCCUUUUAGAAAAGGAGGAGAGGGACAGACUCCUCAGAGAGAAGGACGUUGAGGUAUAUGCUCUGAAAGAGCGAAUUGAAGAGCUGAGUAAAGACAGGGACCGUGUCAGGACGGCUCUAGAGAAAACUGAAUCCACGUUGAUUUACUAUAAGGAGAGGCUGGAACAGCAGGAGCAUAAGAGAAAGCGGGCAGGAGCUGAUACAUCACAGGAGAAAGAGCUUGAACCAAAGGCCCAGUCCGUAAAUGAAGUGGAGACAGACUUGGCAGUGCAGGGGCGUCUCUCUGCAAUGCAGCGGGCCGUGGCACAACUGGAGGUGGAACAGAACCUUCUGCAGAAGAAAAACAAUCAUCUGGAGAAGAAGAUUGAGAGACUACGAACUGAGCGACAGCACCUGAGAGAGACGCUGACACAGGUUGAGCUGGAAAGGGGGAAACUGAGGCAUCAGCUGUCACAGACAGAAGCUGGAGUUCUGGCCCUGUCAGAUGGUACUGAAAAGGAAGAGCUUAAGCGUCUCAGAGUCCGAGCCAAUGAGCUGGAAGAACAGGUUCAUCAUCUUCGUCUCACGUUGGCCGUGGACCAUCAGCACAGGGCAGAGUUCAUAGACCGCUCUCUAAAGAACAGCCAGAGUCUGAUGUCCCUGAGACAAGAUCUGAACGAGUCUCUAGCUGCGGUGUCCCAGCGGCCCGUCCCCGCAGUGCUGGAGUCAGAGACACAGAGGCUGGACAGGAGCAUCAGAGAGGAAGAGCUCCGAUUGUCUCUCAGCCAAAGCUAAAGAUAUGAAACUCCUUGAUGUCUUAUGACUAUUAUAUAGUUCAUUUAACACUAUAUUUUUGCACUUAAUAUUAAGUAAUUUCGGGCUGUGAGCCUAUGAUUUAUUUCACACUCAGGGUCUGAAAUUGUUUUACUGUUACUUUGCAUUAAAAAAAAAAAGCAUUUCAAUAUGUUGUAAAUCUUUCUUAAAAUGCUAAUCCGCUACUAAGGCAUCUAUUUUAACUAUUGGCAAAGGUCAGGUUUACGUCUGUCAGAUAAUUUUACAGCUGAAAGCUUUGCAGUCAUGUUUACAAUACUUUUCAAAGCUAUUCUGUCAGUGUUAUGUGUGCAAUAUAAGCAAUCUGUUUAAUGACAUGUAAUAC